AUGGUCGAAAUCAUUGCUCAAACAGCACUCGAGAAAUAUAAAAAAAUUCAAGAAGAAAAUAAAUAUUUAGACCAAAUGUUUGAAGCACAGCAAGACAUAUUUGACGAAAUCCAACAAUACGAUUAUUCAGAAGAGAUAGAAGAACUUGAUAAAGAAAUAAAUGAUAUACAAAGUCAUAUCGAUAACUCUCAGCAAUACUUAGCGAGUUUAUUAGCUCCAAAAGAAGAUAAUGAACCAGAAGCUUCAAAGAUUUUGAAAAAUAUUAUAUUACAAUUACAAAUGCAAAUAUUAUCAUGCAUAAAAUCAAAUGCUGAUAAUAAUAAUCUGAAUGUUCCAAUCCAAAAUCUAAUUUUGAUAGAAGAUUCAAUAAAUAAAGUCAUUGAAGAGCUUGUUGCCAAAGGUAAAUUGCCUGAAACUGAAGAGCAGAAAACAGCUAGAUAUAAGAAAUUAGAUGAUCAUGGAAGUAAGUUAAUGAAAGUCUUGAAUAUUUAA